CUCACUUGCUCACACCGACAUGGUCCUCUCGACACAAAUCCUACGAUUGUCGGAUCAAUUACCCCUCGCACAGUCCGUAGACGAUGACCAGUCAGACCGAGAGCUGGGCGAGGUCAAGCAGCAGUCAAAGACAGUAGUCAAGAAGCUCAAUUCGCAGAGUGAGAAUAGGUGUAGCAUCGAGAGUGGGAAAUACACACUGCACUACCUCCUCCACCCACCGCCGCCUCAGCCUACCCCUACAAGUUGCGUAUACCUCACAAUUGCACCCAAGUCAUACCCGCGCAAGUUGGCAUUUGCCUUCCUCGACGAGCUAGCAAGAGAGUUUGAGCAGUCCUAUGGAAGUCAAGUGGGGCAGAGGAGUCUCAGGCCCUACGCCUUUGUUGGCUUCGACACCUUUCUGCAAAAGACCAAGCGGGUCUACCUCGACUCGCGCUCCGCCGAAUCUUCCUCCUCAGCAGCAGCAGCAGCCGCCUCGUCCAAUCCCACAUCCUCAAAUCUCGACCGGCUGAACAAUGACCUGCAAGAUGUGACACGGAUCAUGACCAAGAACAUGGAGGACCUGUUGUGGAGGGGAGACUCGCUGGAUCAGAUGAGCUCGAUGAGUAGUAGCUUGAGGGAUGAGAGCAUGAAGUACCGCAAGGCGGCGAGGAAGAUUAACAUCGAUGCCAUGAUCAGGCAAUAUGCCCCUCUAGCGGCCGUUGCCUUUCUAUUCCUCUUCAUCAUCUGGAUCAAAUUCUUCUGAGCAGCAGCGCGUCUCUCCUGCCGAAGCUGCCUGCUGGCGAUUCCCUUGUCCUGUCAGCCUUCGUCAGUGUUUCACCU